UGUGAGUUAAUAUUUUAUAAAAGUAAUUAUAAUUGAAAUAAGUACUUUUAUUUCUAGAACAACAGUAAGUUAAACAUGUCACCAACGAGAGCAGCCGGUUUAGUAAUAUAUAAAAAAAGUAAUCAAAUAAUAAAUUUUCUUUUACUUCAAACUUCAUAUGGAGAACAUCACUGGACUCCUCCAAAAGGCCAUGUUGAUCCUGGAGAAUCUGACUGGAUUACUGCAUUACGGGAGACCAAAGAAGAGGCAGGCCUAUCAGAAAAUGAAUUGGAGAUAUACAAAGACAUUUCGAAAACCUUAAAUUAUCAAGUCAAAGGUAAACCAAAAGCCGUUGUGUAUUGGUUAGCCCAAGUAAAAGACCCUGAUCAGAAUGUGAUUCUGUCUAAUGAGCACCAGGAUUUCAAAUGGCUUCCUUUAGAACAAGCUCAGGAGAUAUCAGGGUUUGAAGAUAUGAAGAAUUUGCUUGCUGAGUUUCAUGAAAAGGCUCUUAAAAUUGUGUAAUAUUUGUUUAGUUUUGAAAUGCAAUAAUAAAUUAAAUAAUAAUGAAUUCAAAUAAAAAA